UUCCCCCUAAUGAGCCGUUUACAAGGCAGUCAGUGGGAGAAAGACAUGCCUCAGAGCAGUGCGUGAUUCAAACCCCUCAGAAAUGGCCCGGCGUGGGGAUCGGGCCGCGUCUGUAGAGCUGUUUCUAGAAGUGCAGGAGCUUUUUGUUCUUCGGUCCCAUCCCGACCUUUCCUCUGCAGCGAGUUGUUAGAAACCAUCGCUUGGAGCAGUGCUGAAGUGAUGCCAUCAGGUGGGGAAGGUCCUCAGUGCUCUGUGUGAGCCACAGGGAGCUGGCAACUGAAGGACUGGAACUGCUGAGCAUGCAGCAGUUAUUGCGAGCACUGGGAGUGCAGCUUUCUGAAGUUUGCUAAGCAGCAGCAAGGUGCCAGAUCUGCUUAUCAGAAUGAGCUACAUUUGAGCUUGAAAUCAAGGAUUUUAUGUCCUUUACUCAAACGGCAACAAAAACAUCUCUUCUUGUUCUGUUUUUCAGUUAACAGCCUCAUCAGCCUUUGGCUAAGUUGUGUUUUUGUGGAGUGACGUGGAUUACUCAGAUGAAAAUGUAGUCAGAGCGUCUAAUGUGUCAUGAGAUAAGCUUUAAUUAAAUGCCUUUAUCUUUGUUUUUCAAUCUCAGCUACCUGACUCUGUUACUUGAGAAGUUACUUUAGGUGACUAACAGAAAACAGUGCUACUGAAGGGUUCUCACAUGAGAUGUGCUGUGCUAUGGCAGAUGUUCUGAUCAAACCAGUGAAUGUUGUCUUGGCUCCACGUAGAGCUGAGCUGCUGACCUGUAGUGAUCCCUGAUAUUCUGUUGGCUGUCAGACACCUUCUUGUUGGGUCUGAAAUGACCUGGUGGUGUGGUUACCACAGGCCACGGUUCUGUAAGAGCCAAAUAACAUGCAGCACAUAUACACACACGUGUGUGUGUCUCUGGAAAAGGUAUUUUCCACGAUAAGCAAGUCAAAUAAAUGGUCAGUGAACUUUUUAGUGGCAGAAGUGAGGAAGAGAUACCAGAUUUUAUGGCACGUUGUAGCCAGAUGAGUGUCUUUUUUGGAGAGACUGUUAGAGCUUGGUCUGAUGUGCAGCUGCAGUGUUUUCACAUAAUUUAAAAAAACGUGAUGAAGACAAGUAAUAAUACUGAGUGAUCAUAAACACCUCUUUGGGUAUCACAUUAAGACACAGAGCAGAAUUUUGGAAUCAGUGUAUCCCCAUUUCACUUUCCUGGGUAUCGUUCAUUGUUUUUAACUGAGAAGUUUAGCAUCAUUUGGUAAUGGCUCUGUGCAGUGCCUGCUUUGAUUUUGGGGUGAUUAGGAUGACAGCACAGCAGCUGGUUUGCAGUGGUUUCAAGGCCUAUUGGAUUGCACUGUAACCCCUGGGAUAUGCUUAAGGGGUUCUCCUAAGGGCAGACAAACCUGCAGCAGUGGUUCAGGAGUCUCACUUGUGUUGCUGUGAGAACUAGAGCUCUCUGUGCGUAGUUCUAGAAGGAUUCUGUAUCUAAACUUAUUUUCCUCAUGUGCUGUUGAUUAAAUUGGCAUAGAGAAGCAGUGCUUGUUUAUAUUUGUUUGUUGUUAGUAGAUAUGGUUAUAUGUAAGGAGCUGAAAUCACUCCUUGUCGGGUUGGUAACUGGCUUGUUAGCAUGGCUGCUGCCAAAGGGUUAUGUGUCAUCUCUGCCAUGUUUGGGCUUUUUUUUUCAGCAUGAAUUGAUUUUAAACAAUUUUCUCUCUGUCAGAAGUUUGAUGGGUAGCAAUUAGUGUAGUAUAUUGGCACAGCACAGUUUCAAAAGAAUCUUUAAAGAUGCUGAAUGUGAUUCUCUCUUUAUGUGGAGGUGCUGGUCUUCGUGGGUCUCUAUGCUUCGUUUAAGCACCUGUAACAAAGUACGUGAAUGUAAUAUUGAAUUACACCUUAUAAAAUAAUUACUGAGUUUAAGAGUGGGUUCUCAUGUUAGAUCUUAAAAUAACCAGAAAAAAUGUAGACUAUUAGGAGAAGCCAGAUGCCUGCAUUCUUAUAAGUGAAUAUUUACUGUAUUGCCUGUUGUAAUGAUCCAUUCAAACUCAUGUUCAAAGUGUUCAGGGUUAAUAUUUUCAUGGGGCAAAAAAGGACACUAUGAGCUGCUUACUGCCCUGUUGCCACCACUGCUUUUUAUUCCUACUCUGUUUUCAUUCUUUUUUUGCUUGUGAAGAAAUUCUAAAAUCAGAUAUUUCUAGGAAACCAAAGCCAGGAUUGUGGUGUUUCACGUUGGAGUGAGGCGUAUCCUGUUUGACCAUAGAACAUCUGAAAGCUUGGAACGUAAGGGGCUCCGUUCUUAUCAGUCUGAGCUUUUCUUCAGAAAUAACAACCCCUGUGCAAUACUUCUGUCCUCAUUCGUGGCCUGCUUUGCCUGCAGUGAGAAUCAGACAGAAGAAUUGAUCAUGAAAGCUGUGUGGUUGACAGCAUUGCAGACAGAAGCUCAAGGCAUCCACAGAACAGUCUGGUAGAGGCACAAAUGAGGAACUCCUUGACAUUUUAACCUCCACAUUCAUGUUAGUACAUGCAUCAUGGCUCAGCAAGGGAAUGUUGGUGAGCUCCUCUCAAUGCUGGAUUCUCCAAUUCUGGGUGUUCUGGAAGACAUAACAGCUGCAUUCAAAGAUAAUCUCAUCUGUGACCGUGGACCUAUGCUUGUGAACAGCCUGGUGGACUAUUACUUGGAAACCAAUUCUCAGCAAGCACUGCAUAUACUGUCCACAUUGCAGGAGCCUCACGACAAGCACCUUCUGGACAAAAUUAAUGAAUAUAUGGGCAAAGCUGCUACUCGUUUACCCACUCUCUCGCUGCUGGGACAUGUGAUAAGAAGACAACCAUCGUGGAAACAUAAGCUUUCUCAAGCACCUCUCCUGCUCUCAUUGCUUAAAUGUCUCAAGACUGACACAGAUGUAGUAGUACUCACCACAGGUGUCCUAGUGCUAAUAACCAUGUUGCCAAUGAUUCCUCAGUCUGGCAAACAGUACCUCCAUGAUUUCUUUGGUAUCUUUGGGCGUCUCUCAGCCUGGUGCUUGCAGAAUCCAGGUCACGUGGCAGAGAUUUAUCUUGUCCAUCUUCAUGCCAGUGUUUAUGCUCUCUUUCAUCGGCUUUAUGGAAUGUAUCCUUGCAAUUUUGUCUCCUUUCUGCGUUCUCACUACAGUAUGAAGGAAAACUUGGGGACCUUUGAAGAGGUAGUCAAGCCAAUGAUGGAACAUGUGCGAAUUCAUCCAGAAUUAGUGACUGGAUCUAAGGACCAUGAACUGGACCCACGAAGGUGGAAAAGACUAGAAACUCAUGAUGUUGUGAUAGAAUGUGCCAAAAUCUCCCUGGACCCUGCAGAAGCCUCAUAUGAAGAUGGCUAUUACUCUGCGUCUCGGAAAUCCUGUACAAACUUAAAACAUCAUCAAACUGACCCCAGUGCCAGCCAUUACAUUGACACACAGAGCAGCUAUGGGACAUCUACCCCAUAUUCCACUCCUCGACUAACACUAUCACAACUGCCAGGGCAGCUACCUCAGAUUCUGAGCCCGCAGUCAAUAAAGCUGUCAACUGAGCCACAGCAGGUUACCAUCUGGAGUCCUUCUGCAGUUUGUGGUAUGACCACUCCACCAACCUCCCCUGGAAUUGUCCCAUCAGAGUCAUCCCAGUCAGCAUCGCAACCUUACAGCAAAGCUUUUGGCACAUCUGCAGUGGGGAAGGGAACACCUUUGGGGACACCAGCCACAUCUCCUCCACCCUGCACUUCAGAUGACUUUGUGCAUGUCUCACUUCCUUCAGCUGCUGCCACACCUCCUAAAAAGGAGGACAAACCAGAUUCUGGGAGGCCUUCACUGUACCGACAGCAAAAUGUCAUAAGCAGCGAUAAAUCAUUGGACACAUCUGGUAGUAAAAGUUCAGUAACCUUAAGUGAUCUUCCAGAGUUUUUAGGCGGUUUGUCUUUUGAAGAUAGUGCUGAAAAGGACAGAGAAGAAGAUGCAAUAUCUAAAGAGAUCUCUGAGAUCACAACCGAUGCUGAACACAUGGUGCCUAGAGGAGGUUUUGACUCUCCAUUUUACCACACAAAUGAAAAUCUGUCGGGUUCUCAGAAGAAGACCCACUCAGUAGUCUCUAGUGUUCAGGGACACAGUCUGACCUCUGAGCCUUUAAUAUCUUCUCUGGACAAGCCUGGGCCUGAGAGUGUGCUGGAGACACCCAAACAAACAUUUACUCCCAUAGACAAACCCUGCAGAGGCUCUGGUGAAAGCCCUGCUGGUAACAGGGAAGGAACCUCUGGGGAGACGAGUAUUCUCACUCCCAGCCCUUGCAAAGCAUCAGCACAAGGAAGAGCAGUGUUUGGGAGUGGACAGCCUCCCCUGUAUGAGCACCUUUUUGAGGUUGCGUUACCAAAGACUGCCUACCUCUUUGUUGGCAAGAAGACUGAGGAGCUGCUAAAGAAAGCCAAGGGAACCCAGGAUAAAGACUGGAUGUCCUCUACUUCUCCCGUGGAAGUACUGGAUAGGCUGAUACAGCAAGGGGCAGAUGCACACACUAAGGAACUGAACAAAUUGUCUCUGCCAAGCAAAUCUGCUGACUGGACUCACUUUGGAGGUUCUCCCCCUUCAGAUGAGAUUCACACCCUGCGUAACCAAUUGCUGUUGCUGCACAACCAGCUGCUGUACGAACGCUUCAAAAGACAACAGCACGCCCUCCGGAACCGGCGCCUCUUGAGAAAAGUGAUUAAAGCCACAGCACUGGAGGAGCACAACGCUGCCAUGAAAGAUCAGCUGAAAUUACAGGAAAGAGAAAUCCAGGCCUUGAAACUGAGUCUGCAGAAAGAACAGGCCAGGUACCACCAGUUUCAGGAGGAGCAUGAAAGUAUAGUGGCUCAGCUUCACAGCCAGAUCAGACAGCUGCAACAUGACCGUGAGGAAUUCUACAACCAGAGCCAGGAAUUGCAGACCAAGCUGGAAGACUGCAGGACCAUGAUUGCAGAUCUGAGGUUAGAAUUGAAAAAGGCUAACAACAAAGUCUGUCACACAGAACUGCUGCUUAGCCAAGUUUCUCAAAAGCUUUCCAACAGUGAAUCAGUGCAACAGCAGAUGGAGUUCUUGAACAGACAACUUCUGGUUCUUGGAGAGGUCAAUGAGUUGUACCUGGAGCAGCUGCAGCACAAGCACACAGACACUACAAAGGAGGUUGAAAUGUUGCAUGCUGCUUUUCGAAAGGAACUGGAGAAAGCAAAAUUGUGUGUUCAGCAGCAAAGCCAAAGGCUCGAUGCUUCCCAGAAACGGAUAGCUGAACUGGAAUCUCAGCUUUCUAAAAAGGACCACCUGUUCUUGGAGCAAAAGAAAUACCUGGAGGAUGUCAAAAUCAAAGCAAGAGGUCAGUUGCAAGCAGUAGAAAGUAGAUACAGGGCCCAGAAAAGAAUCACCCAGGCGUUUGAGCUGGAGAUCUUGAACCUGUUUGGCCGACUGGAGAACAGCCCACUGAAAAAACUUGAAGAUGAAAAAACAGAAGCAGCUGAAGCAGCAGAAGAAAGGCUGGAUUGUGGUAACGAAGGUUGUGCAGAUACUGUGGCAGGAUACAGUGAAGAAACCAUUGAUAGAAAUGGAGAAACCAAACCUCCCAGCACUCGAGGUAGCAGUAGCAGUAAAGGUGGUAGCAACAGUGAGCUCUCCACCCCAGAAAAAAAACAGAACCAGAGAUUCAGCAGUCGCUGGGAGACCUCCAUGUUGCGGGAGCCCUCCACUACCGUCCCACUGACUGUAGGUUCACUCCCCAGCUCCAAGAGCUUCCUUGGCAUGAAGUCACGAGAGUUGUUUCGCAACAAGAGUGAGAGCCAGUGUGAUGAGCACGGUGUAACCAUCAACAGCCUUUCUGAUACUCUAAAGACUGAACUAUGUAAAGAUCCAAGCAUGGAGACGAAGGCUCCUCCAAGCCCCGAUAACCUUAGCCUCUCACCUAAGAUCCAGGAAAGCAGUGUUGGACAGCUUCAUAUCAUGGACUACAACGAAACUCAUCAUGACCACAGUUAAAAAGGAAGAUAGUCAAUCAGUGUUAUUUUCAUGUUCUUGGCAUAGAACAGGAGGCGUGAAUGCAAGUUUAACUAAAAGCUUUUAUGUUUCUUUGGUCUGAGCAGCUAGCUCAUGCAGUGGAAUAGGAUUGAUGUCCAGUAACACAAGAAGGCUGCUGAAUGAAUGCAAGGUGGAUUUUUGGGUCUGCAGUUGAAAUGCCCAGCCUAACUCUUGCUUCUUUCUCAAAUUCAGUCCUUAGCAGCGUGUACUAAUUUGAAGGGACAACUGUUAGCAUUUACAGAUAUUUUUUUUCCCUUUCUCCCUGUGCGCAGUGAGUGGCUGCGUUUAUGAACUUGAGUGCAAUAUGAGGCCAAACUAACGUGUGUGAGUCUACUAUGAAUGCUUUGUAUUUCCUUGCAAGCUUCCAAUUUAGAGCAGUUAAUUGUGCUGCCUGUUUGGGUGAUUCUGAUUGUUUUCAUCACGGAAAGGAGCAACGCUAGAAUUUCUGGUGUGUUCAUCUAAGGGUCUCUAUUUUGCCUGUCUGCUGCCCCACCUUUCUCAGAGCCCGAUCUUUAAGUUGGACUCCAAUUGAGUACUUAAAUGUUUAAGGAACGGUGUACCUCUGCAAAAUGAUUCGUUCAUCCUAAUUCAUAAUCACUGUUUAUAUUGUCCUUAACAUUUCUUGGAAAGUUUCAUUUGAACAGAUGCUUAACAAGGAACUGGAGCUUGUAAUGCAGAGACGAUAUGUGAAGACUUGUUAAAACACUAGCUUCUGAUUGCAUUGGAAUUGUGUUUGUUUGACAGACUGGUACUGACCUCAGACUGGUUCAUAGGGGAAAGCAAUUAGGUGGGAGAAGAGGGAGAAGGAAGCCUUAGUCACAUAAGGAGAGCAUGCAGAACAUGUAUGUAGAAUGAAGAUUUGCAGCUCACAAAGAGCGUUUCUUUCUGUAAUCAGGGAAGUAUUUGUCCUGCCUGGACUCCUUCACGGUUUUUGUUCCUGAUCUGAGCAAGACCACUGUGUUCUGACGUCAAGAAAUUGGCUUCUACCUGGGAGUUUGUUUUGGGGCUUGACUUGCAGAAAACAGUUUCCUUUGAGUGCUGCUCUGUACCACCUGCAGCACGCUUUUCAGCUCAGCGAUGUCAGUUUGGCACUAGAUGUAUCCCCUUCAUCCCCAUUUCCUUAGAAGAUGAGGCUGAAGAAGCAGCUUGCUCGAUCAAACUGAGAAUCUGAUGGUGAAAGCCUUUCUGUGUUAAUCAUGUUUAAGCCUUCAAUGAAAGAGGAUUGCAGGGUCAGGGCUUGUCAGUGGUCUGACUCAGUCUCCUUUGUGACAGAGCAGAGCCUGUGGUUUAGGAAGGCAGUGUGCUUGUUUCAAGCCGUAGGUGUGUCUGAGUCCAAGCGUAUGUGGCCAUACUGGGCUUCACAGGUACCUGCACGGCACGUGGCCUCUUCUCAGACCUUCUGUGGGUGGCAGCUGCUGGUCGAGAAUCGUCUCAAGUAUUAAAUCAAGGCCACAUUAAAUCAGUUCCCAUCCUAACAUGAGGAGGAGUCUGCUGGAGGAGCUGGCGGUCUGAUGACUUGUGCCUGGCACUGCUUCUCCUGCUGCUUUGUCUGUAACACCUCGGGUUGAAAUGCAUUUCUGCCUGUCUGCGUUACUCUGUGUCCUUUUGGUCAGUCCUAACUCUGAAAGUAAGGUGAACUUAAGUGGUUUUGUCAAAGCUUGAAUCUGCAUGGAAUAGAAAAUAGAGAGUUGGUUGUAAGUGACAGACUGGUUUUGUCGACAUGUCUAUAGGCUUUCUAAGACUUAGUGGUAGCUAACGUGGUAGCGUAUGUUUUGGUAAGGUUUGGAGGUUUCCUGCCUCUCAUCCCACCUGGUCCCAGCAUGGGGAGUGGAGCAGUUUGCACGUUGCCCUGCAGGCAGCUCGGCUGGUGGAGCUGGAGGUGUUGCAUGGCUUCCUUGGAGCACCCUGCUGUGCUGAGCCCCAGAGCAGCACCCUGCUGGCGUGGCGACCUCCAUCGUCCAGAGGAGAGGCAGCUUUUGUUGUCGGUGACAAACGUGCCCUGGUGGUAAUGCAAGCUCAUUGAGGUGGCUUUUUUCUUCUUUUAAAAAGGACUUUAGCACCAGGAUAGUGAUAGAAACCACUUUCGGUUUGUUUAUGGACCACAAUGAUUACGGAGGAACAAAUUUUGCAGUUUAUUUUUUUUUUUUGUAAAAGUCAAAAAAUCAUGGAUCUGCUGUAUGUAGUUAACCUGCAGUUUGUUUGAAGGGGUCCCAUCAGUGAAGUGGAAACAGAUACAUUUUUUUUUCUAACUGACUGCUUUUAGUUAAAUCUAAAAUUGCUGUCUUUGUCAAGUUAAUCUGUUCCCUGCCUCGCUCUUUGUAAGCAUGUUAAACAAUCCACAUUAAAUGCCAUAAAUAUGAAACAUGAGGAAAUGGUACAAUCCUAAGCUAAAGAGAACUUAAACCAAAAGGAGGUUUUGCUGUCCUUAUUAGAAUGUUCUAAAAUGUCAAGGCAGUUGCUUGUGUUUAACUGUGAACAAAUAAAAUGUAUUGUUUUGCACUA